AUGUCGUCGAUCUGGGAUGAGUUUGAUCACCUCAAAAUUCAAAUGAAAGACAUAAUUUCAGCCACUAACAACUUCCAUAAAGACAAACUUAUCGGAGGUGGUGGCUUUGGUCCGGUGUACAAAGGAGAACUCUCCCUUCCCAACGGACCAACCAUGGUAGCUUUUAAGCGGUUAGAUCGUAGACAUGGGCAAGGAAACACCGAGUUUUGGAAGGAGAUCAUGAUGCUUUCCAGAUACAGACAUGAAAAUCUGGUCUCUCUCUUCCACUUUUCCAUUGAGGGUGAUGAGAGAGUUUUGGUUUACAAGUUCGCCCCUCGUGGAAGCCUAGAUCGCUAUCUAAGUGAUGCUACUCUUACAUGGAACCAACGCCUUCAUAUAUGCAUUGGGGCUGCACGUGCGCUGACCUAUCUUCAUGAUCCCAUGGAUACUCAACAAAGAGUUAUCCAUCGAGACAUGAAAAGCUCAAACAUCUUUCUGGAUAACAACUGGAUUGCUAAAGUUUCGGAUUUUGGUUUGUCAAAAGCGAGCCCAGCAAACCAACCACGAACAUUUAUGGUCACCAAUCCUAAAUGGAAAGAGUGUUGCGAAGAAAAGAAACUAGAUGAGAUUAUCUUUCAAGCUCUUAAGGAGCAAAUGGUUUGGGAUUCUGUGAUAACGUUUUCAGCUGUUGCAUAUCGAUGUUUAAAUAGAGGGUCACGUAAGGAUCGACCACUUAUGGAUGAGAUCGUGAAGGAACUCGAGUUUGCACUUUCACAACAACAGAACAGUGGUGGUAGUGGCGACGGUAGUAGCGGCAGUAGUAGUGGUGAUGGCCGUGGCAAUGCAGAUUUAGUAAAGAUUGCUAAUCUUAUAGCAUCUCCCCAAGAUAACACCCUUCUCCCAAAAGGGGUUCUUGUUGAUGAGGGCAAAAGGUGGAUUUCGAUCAAUAAAAGCAAACAAAUUCAUGAAAUGAUAUCCGCUACACAAUGUUUUCAUGGAAAUGUAUCGGAAUGUGUCAACGCUAGCAAAUCAAGGUUUUCAAAUGUCGUUGUGUGCACACUAGAACCUUGUUUUGAAGUAAAUGUUAGUACCAAAUUCUUGUCACCAGAUACUGCAUACACCGUGAACCUUGUCUUUAACAUUAUGGGUACAAAAGAUCCAGAAAAGGCAUAUUAUUGGGAAUACGCAACUUGUUGGGCAUAUGUACCCUUCAGGUAUAAAUUGGAUGAGUGGAAUGAGUAUCAAAAUUCUUGUGAUCCCAGUGUUAGAGAAGACGGAUGGCUAAUGGUCCAACUAUACACCUCUAGAAACAAAAAUAAAAAACACAAUUUGAGGAUUGAGUUCAUGGCUCCAAGAGACCCCAGAAUCUUCAAGUAUAUUCUUGAAGGCAUUGAAUUACGUCCUAUAUAG